CACUCUCACGUUCGGCUACUCGCAGCUCCGUGGAGAAAUGUAAACAAGCUGGAGGCAUUGGCAAAGCUAAUUGCCCGGGCUUUUGUGUAUUUAACUUCCGUGUACAUCUUUGUUUGUGUUCCGCGGGCAUGUGAGAAUCAGACCAAAACAUCUCUCGGCAAUUGUCCCCUCGCUCCAACAUUUCUUCUUCUUCUAUCACACCAGUCAGCACUUGAGCCCUUUUCCGAAUACUCUUCAAGUCGUCGUAUUGAGGAGGCCUUUGUUGACAUGGACUCCACCGCUCUCCCACUGCACUGGUUCCCGCAGCUAGCCAGCCUGCUGACCCCUUACUCGGUAUUGGCUGUUGUGGUGGUUCUCGUCACAAUCCUCCCGAUGGUCAUGGACCGGGCCACCACGGGGAUACCGAUACCUAAAAUCAGCAGCUCAAGGUCCUGGUUCGCCAGCAGGCAGGACUUUGCCGUCAAUGGCGUCGAAAUCAUCGAGAAAGGCUUCAAGCAGGUGAAGAGCGGUGUAUUUCGAGUGACGGCUCUCGAUGGCUCCGAUUUGGUUCUGAUUGCGCCAGAACAUUGGCUCGCGAUCUGCAACAAGAAGGACGAGGAGGUCGCGCCGGCUCGUAAGGAGUUCUUCUUGUGCGACUUGCACGGCGCACCAUUCGAGGAACCCUUCUUCUAUCGCUAUCUUGCCUCGCGCAUGCCAGGUUUUGAUCGUUAUCUCGAUGUGAUAUCCACGGCGUUGGACGAGGGUAUAUGCAGUGUUUUCGAUCAGCCACCUCACACUUCCAAAGGAGCACCUAAGCGUGUCAUCAUGCAGCCGCAAAUCCUGCAUAUUUACUCGCACGUCAUAUGGAGGGUCAUUUUAGGUGAUAGUUUCAAGCCCGAGGUGGUCGAUAUCUUUGAAACGUACUCCGCAACACUGAUACCCGUGAUGAAAGCACUGAAGGCCCAACGACCCGUGAUGGCCCGAAUUUCCGCCGCCUUCUCGAAGGAGGUCCGCCAAGUCAAGGCACAACUUGAGCGAGCCUUAGCAAUCUUCGCACCUCUUCUUGAACAGUGUGCACAGGCACUAGAGCAGGGCCAUGCAAAGAGCUCCUUAGACAAUGAGUGGCUUGAGGAGCUGAUCCGCAUGGCGCCGGCUGAGAGGAGACGUGACUACAAGUACCUCAGCAACAUCUUGAUUGGCUUCGCCUUUACGUUUGUCUUCUCUCCUGGACCAUCGACUACGCAAGUUGUGUACGAGUUCGCAUUCCGCCCCGACUAUAUUGACCUCGUGCUGAAGGAGGCAUACGAUGUACUUGGAAAACGUCCUGAGCAUUGGGGCUUCUCGCGAGACAAUCUUCACAGCCUAUCCUUGCUCGAUAGCUUCUGCAAGGAGACUCAUAAACACCAUCCAACAGCAGCCUCCAAUCUGAUGAAGAAGAUCCACAAGACUCAGACACUUCCCAAUGGGGUGUUCCUACCAGCUGGCACGAUAUUUGAGGUGGUAAUGACGGCUGCUCACCUAUCCAACCCCAAACUCGAAGAUCCCUCACGCUGGAACGGACGCCGGUACCACGACCUGCGGCAGAAAAUGACGACGUCAAUCGGCGCCAAUAGAUAUGAUUGGGGUUCAGCGACAAAGGACGACCUAAACUUUGGUUAUGCCACACAUACAUGUCCUGGUCGUUGGGCUGGGUGCUCUAUUGCCAAGAUGUUUCUCAUCAAGCUCUUGGCUUAUUACCAGAUCAGUCCCGAGGAAGGGGAGACCGAGAGAUAUCCGGACUUCCACUCUGGCCAAUGUAUUUCACCGAACCCGACCAAGCAUAUUAUUCUCGAGCCGAGAAUGCGGCAAUGAAAGAUGCACCUAACCCUCUUUCUCACCGAGGAAACCAACGGGCCUAUGGUCUAUGAGGUUGAGGAAAUGGACAAAGAAAGACAGAAAAUCCAGUACACAUGUCCUUUGAGUCCGCAAUCAGACAUAUCCGACUUGCCCGGAAGCAGCGUUCCCGUCAUGACUCGUGCAUGGAAGUGCCAAGACCUGCCAUGAGAUGCCCUCACUGAUCUGAUUCUGCUAAACCAGAGCAGUUUGCUCCUUUCAGCACACAACUAGGCUCUCAACGUUAUGUGACUUGCACAUGUCAAAAUAGAACAGUAUCCAAACUCUACUAGAGCUCAACCCAUCCG